CUGGUAAUGCUGAGACUCCCGGUGAGCGGCUGGGUUUAUUUUUGGAUCAGUGACAGUGUGUCAAUGGCCGCAGAUGCGUCGGAAAGGAAAGCUCUGAGAUACAAGCAAACUCUGCUUUAUGGGGAGUACCAGGAGCACCAAGGAGGCUCAGGCAGACGAGAGGCCACACGUCUUCUGACAGAGAGGCAGAUCAAGAAACAUGGGAUCAAGAAGCACAACAACCAUGGGCGGACACGGCACAGCCACGGCCAUGGCCUUCAGCACGGCUGUCACAACAGACAAAAGGCUAAAUUUCAGCCCAACGUGGAAAACGAGGCUGCUGAUGAGAAAACGGCUGAGAAAGAUUUAACAUCCUGCCUGCAGAAGAAGCGCUCCUUCUCCAAGUGCAGAGACUGCAUAGCUCAGGUGCAGCGGUUUCUUGUGACGAGGCUGGGAGAGGACUGGAUUUUUUUGGUCCUACUGGGAAUUACAAUGGCUCUGGUCAGCUGGACAAUGGAUUAUGCCAGUGCAAAGAGUCUGCAAGCGUAUAAAUGGAUUUAUGGGGAGCUGAGGGGGAACAUCCCCUUGCAGUACCUGGCCUGGGUUUCCUAUCCCCUGAUUUUCAUCCUCUUCUCCUCCCUCUUCUGUCACCUGGUUUCUCCUCAGGCUAUCGGUUCUGGUAUCCCGGAGCUGAAGACCAUCUUGAGAGGGGUGGUGCUGAAGGAGUAUUUAACCCUCAAGGCUUUUAUAGCAAAGGUCAUCGGUCUGACUGCAGCCCUGGGGAGUGGCAUGCCUGUAGGAAAAGAGGGUCCGUUUGUUCACAUUGCCAGUAUCUGUGCGGCGGUUCUCAGUCGCUUCAUGUCCUUCUUCUCAGGAGUUUAUCAGAAUCCGUACUGUUACACAGACAUCCUGACGGUGGGCUGUGCUGUCGGGGUGGGCUGCUGCUUUGGCACGCCGCUUGGAGGUGUGCUCUUUAGUAUAGAAGUGACAUCCACGUACUUUGCUGUGAGAAACUACUGGAGGGGAUACUUCGCUGCUACGUUUAGUGCCUUCAUCUUCCGAGUGCUGUCUGUAUUUAACAAAGAUGCAGUAACCAUCACUGCUCUGUUCAGAACAAACUUCCGUAUGGAUUUCCCUUUUGACCUGCAGGAGCUGCCAGCAUUUGCCAUCAUUGGGAUCUCCUGUGGAUUUCUGGGCGCGUUCUUUGUCUACCUGAACAGACAGGUGGUGCUGUUCAUGAGACGACCAAACCCCAUGACCCGCUUCCUGAUGAAGCACCGGCUGGUCUUUCCCGCUGCAGUAACUUUGGUCAUCGCCACCUUGACCUUUCCACCUGGGUUUGGACAGUUCAUGGCCGGAGAGCUAAUGCCCAGAGAAUGCAUCAACUCUUUGUUUGACAACUUCACAUGGACGAAGAUUUCAGGAUCUCCCUCUCCGGUUGGUCUGGGCCGCUCCACCGCCUGGCUGCACCCUGAUGUUAGUGUCUUCGUCAUCCUGCUGCUCUUCUUCCUCAUGAAGUUCUGGAUGUCAGCAGUGGCCACCACCAUGCCCAUCCCAUCUGGGGCCUUCAUGCCCGUUUUCAUACUGGGAGCUGCGUUUGGCAGGAUGGUGGGCGAAAUCAUGGCCACUCUGUUUCCUCAUGGGAUCCUGUUUGAUGGUAUUCUGUACCGCAUCAUCCCUGGAGGAUACGCAGUCAUCGGAGCAGCAGCACUGACCGGAGCUGUAACUCACACGGUGUCCACUGCUGUUAUCUGCUUUGAGCUGACAGGACAGAUCUCCCACAUCCUGCCCAUGAUGGUGGCAGUAAUCCUGGCCAACAUGGUGGCCCAGGGCCUGCAGCCCUCGCUGUACGACUCCAUCAUCCAGGUCAAAAAGCUGCCAUACCUGCCAGAGCUUGGCUUUGGACACAUGAGCCAGUACAACAUCUUUGUGGAAGACAUUAUGGUGAGAGACGUGAAGUUCAUCUCCUCCCAGUUGACAUACAGAGAAGUCAAACACCUGCUGGACUCCUCCUCGCUGAAGACGAUCCCACUGGUCGACUCAAAAGAUUCAAUGAUUCUGUUGGGCAGCAUCGACCGGGUGGAGCUUCUGGCUCUUUGUGACUGGUGGCUGUCGCCUGAAAGAAGACUGAUAAUGCAGGGUCGCAGCCUGCAGGAGCAGAAUCUGUGUCACAGAAACAGCUGGGAGUCGUUCGCCUUUGUGGAUGAGGAAGAAGAGGAGGAAAAAGAGAAGGACAGUCCAGUUCAGGAGGAGAGAAACGGCCCCAUCCCCGUUCCAAAACCUCAGGAGCCUUCAUCGAACCACACUCCUCCUGCACCCGAGAAAGCUCCUCUGCAGUCGGUGAGAAAAACACUCGGGAGCCUCUUCACCUCCAAAAGCAGACAGUCUGAGAAAGAGCUGCAGGAGCCGUGCUCUCCUUCUCUGUCAGACACGAUGACACCAGAUGAGAUCAAAGCGUGGGAAGAGGCAGAGAUGGACAAGCCGAUGGAAAUUGAUGAGAUACGAGUUGACCCUUCACCUUUCCAGCUGGUGGAGAGAACAUCGUUACACAAGACCCACACGUUGUUUUCACUACUUGGACUAAGUCAUGCUUACGUGACCAGUAUCGGCAAACUAGUGGGUGUGGUGGCAUUGAAAGAGCUCCAGAAGGCCAUCGAGGGCUCCACGCGCUCCGGUGUCAGACUCCGCCCUCCUCUGGCGAGUUUUCGUGACAUCAUCAACCAUAAGUCUGUCUCUAAACCUCUACCUCCCUCUUCCACUGGUCCUUCCUCUCCAUCUGCAACUUCCCCUCCCUCUCCUCAAAGUCUCCCAGCAGCUCCUCCUCCCUCCUCAGCCUCUGACCAUGAACACACUGAUCGUCAUCGUGAGCAUGAAACGGAGGUGUGGGUUGAGGAGGUGAUGGAGGUGGAGGAGAGCAGCAGCGCUUCAGGCAGCAGCAGCACCACACUGAGAAGGAGCUGUAGCUACAACAGCGACCUCACCCUCCCUUCAUCCUCCACUCUCCCUCCUCCGCCAGAUCCUCCUCGUACCACUCCUCCACCUUCUCCUCCUUCCUCUUCCAUCCCUCUGUCCAUCCUGAGACCCUCGCAGAGACUCAGCGAAGCAGAGGAAGACGGCGACGAUGAGCCGAUGGUUUAACUUAAACAAAAUGACAUUUUUUACAAUGAAAACUUUUUUAA